UGCUUCAAGUCAGCGAAUGUCUUUUUCAGUGAUGGUCUGUGUCGGGCGCUGGGGUUCAACAUUCGAAGUUUCUGUGGUGUUCACCAUUAGCCUAUACCUUGUAAGCACAAAGGGAACUUCCCCCUUCCCCCCAAGGGUCCUUCCUCGGGGCUAGAGCUUAGACUGCGGUUCUUGUUCGCACGAUGAACCCUCUGGGGUAUUGCUGAAGGCAACAAUUCCACCUGCUGCCUUGUUCCGUCCUGCUGAUGUUCACCGCCAUUUGGUCAGAGACUGCUUACUCGUCCACACGUAAUGUGGCUUAUUUCGCAGCUAACCUCCAUAUUUGUGUAUGUAGGGGGGGGGGGUAUAAACAUAUCGCUAUUCACUAUCUGCGACCCACUGGAUUGGGGAUGGUCCCCCCACUGCCUAUUUGCUUUGAUAGUCUGGACUUAGGACAUCACGGGGUCUCUCACAGCCUGACAGACGAUUGUGUGUGUGCGCGCUACUAAAUAUCAAUGAGUGCGAUUUUCAUCGAUGUUAGUGCAUGCGUGAGUGAAAUAACAGGAGAAAGACUGUUCCGUUUCAUUGACCACCUUGGAGAAAAUUUCCUCCUCUCUAAGGUCCGACGAUUCAGAAUGGUCCAUUCACAAGAUGUUCAAGCGAGUAGCCGAGUGGUUAGAGCACCGGUGUAUGAAGCCGGAGAUGCACAGGUUCGACAUCCGUGUGGCGCAAACGAAUUUCCCCCGGUCGACCCCGGUGUCAGGAACGGGUACUUGACUCCAUAAAGGGUUGGGAAAAGGAUAGCAGCGUGAGGAAGAGAAAAUAGGCACCGCUGUAAAAAAAAACAAAAAAAACCCCAAACAAACAAACACCAAAAUCCCCCCAAAACACGAGCCGCGGACAUUUCUUUAACAUCUCAUCACCCAACGACCUUUAAAAAAAGAAAGCCUUUACCUUUACAUUUGUCCAAAUUUGUCUUCAGAAAAAGUAUUUUAGAUCAGAUUGUUUAUCUCAAUGAGGAGGGCAGAGCAAUGUUUGCUGCACUAAAUGACUUACCCUGCUUAUCUCAAGGUAAUUGUAUUUUAGGGUAGGCGUCAGAAAUUUACGAAGGCCGCUGUAAGUGAUGCACGUUUUCUUAUUUAGACACGAAUGAAGUUUUCAGUACACGACGCGACAGACAGGUGCUACACCUACUUUCCUAUUUUCAGUUCUUAUUUUCAUUUAAGGCUGCAUAAAUCAACAGCACUUGGUGUCCAAAGAAACUUUGGAGAAUACUUUUCAUCUCUACAUGAGUGGCCAUAAUUUAAGGCUGUACAUAAUUUAAGGUUGUAAAAUAAGGUCAAACGUAUACAUGUUUUGACUUUAUUUCAAUGGAAGCGAGUUUAUUUAGUUUUUUUGGGGGGUUUUGAAAAAUUUAUUGGCUGUCACUCGAGUAUAUGGAAGACAGCUCUGUUUCAGCGACGAUUUUUUUUUAAGAGAAGGAAGUACAAACAAACAGGAAUAUACAACGCAACUUCAGUCGCAGACCAUGAGAAGUACUGUACUGUCUUUUAUGUGGCCGAUGAUUUGCAAAGCCGAGGACAUGUCUUUGCGAUGCCAUAAAUCAGCAAGUGGUAACGGUUCCAUCCUCUGCUGUAGCUGGACCGCACAUCGUCCCACCAAUUAUAGUACUCGGAUGGAUCUUAUAACUUUUGACUUCCAAAACAACUCGUUUUCAUAUAUUUUCACUUUUUUUGGUAACAGAUUUAUAUAUUUUAUGGCAGUAAAUUUUAAAUAGACUAUUAUAUAUAUAUAAUAUCGAUACACGAUAGCCUUAAUUUGGUUUUUUGUUUUGAUAUAUUUCUCGGCCGUCUGUGAGGGUUUUUUUUUUUUUACUUAUCGUGAAUUUCCAAAGCAAUUUCCAAUACAUUUCCCGGAAAAAUCGGUGUAUAAGUGGACCUACGCAGUUCAAACCCAACUAUUGUUUGCUGUAAACUGCAUGAUCCAGAAAACACUUCAGCUUGAUCACUCUAGCUAAUGAGCGACAUUUGUGCGCACGAACACUGCUCCAACAGAACAGUCCAGAAAAUUUAUUAACGACUCUUGACUACUUAUAAAUAGACAGCAUACCUACAAAUCUUGAUAAAAGCAUACUCACGUGUUGUUUUUUUAAACAGCCUGCUAUGCAAAAAUUAAAAGAAUUUGCUGAAUCAUCCUCUCGAUCAAAGACACCGAAACGCCUGACAGAGACUGGCAAUAAAUCAUCCAUCUUUAUAAGGAAUAUAUAUAUGUGUGCUCCACACAAAAGAGUUAAACAUACAUUUAUUAACUUUUACUUCUGAACAUUGCUGGCAGCGCUCAAAACUGUUCAUGUUUUCUUAUUCCAGUCUUUGGCAUGAAAAUACUAGAUUUUUCUAAGGAGUGCAAAAGUAUUGCUAUUGUGAUGCAGUUAUAAGUAAAAAUCGUAUAGUCAGAACUCUUUUUUUAAAAAAAGCGUGAAAAAAAUAAGCUGUACCUCUUAUCAACAUAAACAAGGCGGAAGCAUACUCAGACAAUACUGAGUAGAUAUGUAGGUGCUAAUCCUCGUACCAGUCAUGCUGCCGUACCGAAGUAUCCUCAAUCUCUGUAUUAUUUACAGCUGACAGCUGACUUUAUGGACAUUACAAAAGAGAUUUGGGAACCUUUGCCAAAUUCCAAGCCAAACGCCUGAAGAAGCAGGAUGCACCUAUUGAACUAAAGAUCAAGAAACCCUAUGGAUUACUGUUUCUUUGGGAUCGAAUUACAUGGCUUCAAGGCCUAAUCUUCAGUAAAAUUGGAGAGGAUUGGGUGUUUCUUACUGUCCUGGGCUCUAUCAUGGGUGCUCUGAGCUUUGCCACAGAUAUCCUCAUAGAGAAGUGUAUGGAAGCCAAGUUCUGGGUGUAUCAGGAGCUGAAGUUUUCAGUUGCCCUGCAGUUCUUUAUCUGGGUCUCAUACAGUGUGCUUCUUAUGCUGUUUGCUGCUGGCUUCUCCCAUGUUGUCUCACCACAGUCUGUUGGUUCUGGUAUUCCAGAGAUGAAAACAAUUUUACGAGGAGUUGUUUUAAAAGAAUAUUUAACAUUCAGGACACUGGUUGCAAAAGUUGUGGGUCUUUGUGCAACCCUAAGCAGUACCUUAUCCAUUGGCAAAGAGGGUCCCUUUGUCCACAUAGCUAGUAUGGUGGCAGCACUUCUUGGCAAAUGUACCAGUUCAUUUAGAGGGCUUUAUGAGAAUGAAGCUCGCAGGUUGGAACUGCUGGCUGCUGCAUGUGCUGUAGGUGUGGCCAGUACAUAUGCAGCACCAAUAGGCGGAUUGCUGUUUAGCAUUGAGGUGACAACGGCAUAUUUUGCUGUGCGAAACUACACACGAGGAUUUUAUUCAUCUGUCUGUGCAGCAGUGGUGUUUCGUGUUCUAGAAUACUGGUCCAGAGAAGGUGCAAAGCUGUCUGCAAUGUUCUUAACAAACUUCAGACCUGACAACCCAUUUGAUGCUUUGGAGCUGUUUGCUUUUAGUUCAAUAGGUGUAGUUUGUGGCUUUGCAGGUGCUCUUUUCAUUCUAAUGCAUCGCAGAAUUGUUAGACUCAUACGCCAACACAAAAAAGUGUCUGUAUUUCUCCAGAAGAAUCGGUUUAUCUACCCUGGAGCUGUGACUCUAGUUAUAGCAUCUCUCACCUUCCCACCCGGAUUUGGACAGUUUUUUGCUGGACUGCUCCCUCCCAAGGCAGCCAUAAAAGAGCUGUUCAGUAACUUCACUUGGACAGGUGGACAAGCUGAGAAUCUUGACGAAGAAAUAAUUCUCUCACAUUGGAUUCACCCCUGGACCAACGUCCAUGUCACCCUUGUCCUCUUCACCCUCAUGCAUUUUCUGAUGGCUUGUUUGUGCAACACCCUCCCUCUGCCAGUUGGUGUUUUUGUUCCUGUGUUUACUGUUGGAGCUGGAUUUGGUCGUCUGGUGGGUGAGAGCAUGGCUGCAUGGUUCCCAGAAGGUAUCCCAGUGGGAGACAGUUAUCGCUUGAUUGUGCCUGGUGGUUAUGCUGUUGUUGGUGCUGCAUCUUUUGCUGGAGCGGUGACAAGGUCAAUAUCAACAUCUGUCAUGGUGUUUGAGAUGACAGGCCAGAUUAGUCAUGUUUUGCCAGCAGUUAUAUCAGUACUGAUCGCCAAUUUUGUAGCAAAUAUGUUACAACCCUCCUUUUAUGACAGCAUUAUCCGUUUACGGCGACUGCCAUACUUGCCAGACAUCCAGUCUUCUAGAACUGAUACAUGGCGAAUGUUUGUGGAGGACAUCAUGAUCCGUGAUGUCAAGUUUGUGCCAUUCACAGCCACAUACAGAGACCUUCAGGAUUUACUGCUGAGCACAAAGCAUCGGACUUAUCCUCUUGUGAACAAUUUAGAGUCACGGACACUACUGGGAUCCAUUCAGCGCUAUGAGCUAGAGCGCAUGCUGCUAGUUCACCUCAGUCCAGACACACCUGUUUAUGUUCCUGAUGAUAGUCCAGAUGAUAAUGGAAGUCCUCAGUGUCCCCUUCCUUCAGCACCAACUGGCUUAACUCCCCAAGGAGGACCAAUUCCCCGCUUCCAGGUGACACGAGUAGAUGAAGAUGCACAGGCAGUGGAGACUGUCAGUGAAAUUGAAGAGAAAAAGGACACUGACCAGUCACCUAAUCUUAAUGUGAUUUCACAGACUUCUGUGAGUACUGCAGACAACAGUUCAUCAACAGGCUACAAUACUGUCAAUGUGCCCUUACGCUCUAUUCUCAAGAAGUCAGCUUCUUCCCCUGGGCUGUCUCGAUGUGCUAGUACAGGGGACAUGAAAGAUGAACUGAACCAGUUUUACAGGAAACUUUCUCGUCAGCGUAGAGAGAGUCGUAUAGAAGACAGACCAUUCAAAAUCACUAGUGCUAGAAGCAGCAGUGCUAGCUUGGGCAAAAAGGUCAAACUGCCUCCAGUUGCCAGAAGAAUGAGGCAGCUCACACAAAUGGAGCACCAGGCAUGGGAGGAAGCACAACUAUCCAUGCCUGUGGACUGGGAAGGCGUGCAGAUUGAUCCAGCUCCUUUCCAGCUUGUAGAGCGCACAUCUCUUCAUAAGGUUCAUUCUUUGUUCUCCCUUCUUGGACUCAACCAUGCAUAUGUGACAAACAUUGGUCAUCUUGUUGGUGUUGUUGGAUUGCAAGAGUUGCGGAAUGCCAUUCAAGGACAGUUGGAUUCACAGGCGGCAAACAAAGGAAAAAAAUCAAAUAUGGAUGAUGACGAAGAGGAGGAAGUGGCCAUAGACAUGGAGGAGCUGGAGAUCGUCCACAACAUACCGCCUACAGAUGAAUAUCGCCUGCAUGAAGUAACUUCAAACAGUGACAACCAAAAUCACAAACAGGGGCCCACCACUACUGCUGUUUGAAAAGUGGAUCAACUGAUUUCAAGGGCCAGAUUUUUAUGACUACUUGUGUUUGGCAGCCAGAUCAUGUAUCCAAUGCUGCUAAUACUUUGAAUAAGAAUCAGCACAUUUCUGCUAAAACUGAUGAGUCAGACUCAAGUGCAAGAUUGACUGCAUGAUGUUGGUGUAGACAACAAAGACAGGGUGGUGCAUUAUUGCUAACAGAGACACUGCCUGCCUCCUUUAAUGGGCAUGAGUGGAGAGUGACAUGCCCACCAUGUCAACACUUGUGUCAGUUCCAUCAAGGAACCAAAUAUUUCAUCAUUGCCAUUGCUAGAGACAACAAAAUUCGCAUGAAAACUAAAAAGCAAAGGACAAAUUGCCUUAUGUACAUUGUCAUGGAUAUAUGAAAAACAAAGUACCAGAUGUUCACAGCUGCUUGUGAUCGACACAGGAAAGCGGAAUAGCAGUUGACAGUGACACUAUUAUUCUUGCCUGUCUGGAGACAUGGUAGGUAGAUUAUCACAUAUUGUCAUUUUGGUAAUCUCUGCUGUCUUAUCAGGUAUCUUGUGUCCAGUACAUUUUGUACACUUUCCUAUGUUAAGAAAUUUAUAGCAAAUGGGCCAGUCAUUUUUUUUCUUAAUUGGCAGAUGUAGUGUUAACCUUAAAUUACUAUAUCGCAAUUCAAAAGUUUUAGAAGACCAAAAUAUAAGUAUUUCUUGCGAAAAAUGAAAUGUAUACAUUACAUGGAUGCUAUCCCAUACUGAAUACUGCAAGCUGUUCUAUAGAUAGUACCGGAAGGUCUAGCCUAAAACUUGAAUUUUUUCCAGUAUCUCAUUCAACAGUACAAGUCACUGUAAGGAACUUAAAAUUAUUUUUUAAAAUAAGAACAAAAAGAUAUAUAAAUUGAUUUUUUUCUUAAUUGCCUGAAAUAAAAAUAAUUAAUUUAAGUUUGUCAUCUCUCCAAUUCUACCCAGCAGAAAACUUUAAAAGACAAUGCUAUAGUCCCACAUUGAUUACAUAUAAAAAUUAUUUGCCUCCAUUAAAUUAUUGUGCAGGAAGUGAUGAGUUGCCAAAACUUAUUCAGUAUUUUGUGCAUCAUACCUGUAAAUCAGUUUAUUGUCCCUUGAUAAGCUUUUAAAUGCAGGGUUGUGGCCCAAGUGAAUGUUGUAAAAAAAUGCAAUUUAAAUAAAAGAAAUUAAAACCUGGCAAAAAAUGUAAAAGUAAGGGACUAAACCUAACAAGGAUAGGAAGAUUAUGUAAAACUGCAAAAUCUGAUGUGCAUUUUAUUCCUGGGAAAUGUCAACUAAAAUGCAGUCAAGAUGUCCCUGAUACCUAAGCAAAACAUGGGAGGAUGAUUUUGUAUUCAUAGCAAACGAUUACCAAAGGCUUCUCUUGUCCUAAAAUUUAUGUCAUUGAAUUCUGAAUUUGCAGCACAACAGCUUUUGCUUUCGGCAGAUUCAAGUUCAAGUUGUUCCCUUUCUCUUUUUUCUAUACUUAUAUUGUACUGUAUGUGUAUAAAUGUACAUAUAUACCUGUGAAUAAACAUUAAAAUUUUUUUUCUCACCAAGUUAAAUAUGAGUGCAUGCAUAAAGUGGAAACAGAAAAACGUAAUUAUCUAAUAGACCUGGAAAAACUAAUUAAGUAAUUUGAUCUCUGUAUUGUAUCCUUUAUUUAAAAUAGAUUAGAAGUCAAAAAUGUGAGGCCAUUGACCUACACUGAUGUGACAAAAAAAAAAAAAAAAAAGAAAAAAGAAAAAAAGAACCACGAACAACUGGUCAGCUAUCACGAAAAAGUCACAAAUAGCAUUUAACAUACUUUGACUGAGAGUUCCUGUCAAAGACACCGAUUUUUAAAAAAAAGAAUUGUUAACUAUUUGUAGUAACAGCCCAUUAUGUGUGCCAGUACAUGUAUUUUUAAAGCGCUGCUAAUAGAGGUUUUAAUUAUUUAUCAUCCAAAACUUUAACUUAAAGGGAGGCUAAUGUCAAUGCUGCACAUGGUAUGCAAGUUCUUUUUUCAGUUUUGUACUGUUUUGAAUGUGUUUGAUACUGUAACUGUGCUCAGUCAUAUAUACACUUGAACUGUGACAGCUGGAAAAUGCCACAGCUGUUUGUUUAAAACAAUUUAGUUUUUUGAAAUUGAAAGUAUUUGAAAUGUUAUCUCAGAAUGCAUUUGAAAAAAUCUUGCCAUAGAUUAUUUACAAUUACCUAGCCUUUUUUAAGGAUUAUAAGACAUGCAAGUAGACACUUUUGAUUACCAGCUUUCACAAAGUUGCAUCUUGGCAGAGUUGAUCUUUUGAACGUAAAAAACACACCUCAAGCAUUAUAUUCCAGAAUGUGUAAAUGUCAACAAAUGUGAAGUUACAUCUGACAGCCUUUUAUUUACUGUAACUUUGUGUCUGUUGCAACAAUGAAUUAAUUAAAAAAAAACUUGCAGGUGCACUAGCAUACUAUUAUUAAAUACAGUUUACUGCAAGGUAUUCUAAGUCAAGAUCACUCACAAAAGCAGUCAAAUGUUGUUCAAUUCACUGCAUUAUUUUUCAAUAUAUAUGUAUAUGUUGACAGAUACAAGAUAUCAACUAUACUGGUAGUUUCAUGAUGAGGGUAUCAAUGCUGACAAGCAGUUUUCAGAGACAUAAAAUAAUUUACAACUCAGGCAGCCUUACCAAUUGAAACAUCAGCUAAUGCAGGUACAAUGCACUAGUGUCUGGUUUGGCAGGAAGCCAAAGAACAGUUGCAAACUAAAUCAAAUACUUAUCAGAUUGCUAUAACUCAGGUGUCUAGGAAAGGCAGCAUAUAUGAUUAGCAGAUGAUAAAUAAGUCAUGCUCUUUUACUAGGUACCUAGGCAACUUAAUUUAGAGGCAGCUUUACAGAUGCUGUGUAAUUUGAAUGUUUAAUGUCAUCCAUUUCACUUUAGCUUCAAAAUAAAAUUUUUUUUUUCUUCUUGAGAAGGAUCUUAAAUUUUAAGUUCUAAUGAAGAAAAGUUUUACAUUUUUAUUUUACUUGCAUCUGUAUCAGUGUCAUGAAAAGAACUCACAAGAAUGCUUAAAGAGGAGAGGGGAACUAGAACUUGUAUGGGAUGUUUCAUUACAAUAAUAUUAAUGGAUAAAUGGUCUGUGUGUAUGUGCACACAAAUUCACAAGUAUCUGUUUAAUGUUUUAUGUGCCCAUUUGUGGACAUGUACAAAUGGAUAACUGAAAGAGAAAGCACUAUUUAGUUCAUGUACAGAUGUGUGUGUUAAUGAAUAAGCUACUUUUUUUUUAAUUUUUGUGAAAAAAAGACUUGAGAAAAGAGAA